AUGUCAGUGAUGGAGGUUGACACUACCGUUGUUGAGAACGAGGCAGACAUUCUCGCCCGGUAUACAUUGGCGAUGCCGCUUUUUAACUUCCUUCUUGUCACCCUUCCCCGCAACGACGGUCCAUCGAUCCUCUUCACUGCGCUUACUGCACUGUAUCAAAUUACGCACGCCGGCUUCUUGUUUGUGCACCUGAACGGCAUCAUAUCUGUCUUGCGAUUGUGGCCGGAUGAUGUAUCUGCGAGUCUCAUCAUGAAUUUGCUAUAUCGAUUUGGAAGUAAUAACUGCUACCGCAACGUUGCGCUAUUCGCCUUCGUUGGAGAAUUCGUAGUGGGCGUCAUUGGAAUUGUUUAG